AUGGCUGAGGGGCAGUCCCCGGAGAAUUCACCCCCGGCACCUCCUCCUCCUCCUUCUCCGUCAUCUCCCUCUUCCGACAGUCAAACAACAUCUCCUCCUCCUACUUCCGACAGUCAAACAUCUUCUCCUCCUCCUCCGUCUCCAACUGUAGCUCCCCCACCCGAGCAACAAGAACAGUCACCUCCACCUCCACCGGAAAACUCCUCCUCUCCUCCACCACCACCGUCUGAUUCCUCAAUCCCCUCCCCACAAUCAGAAUCUCAACCUCCUCCUUCACCAUCCCCACCGCAGCAAGGAAACAACAACGAAAACAACAAAGGAAAUGGAGGAGGUACUAGCGCCGCUUCUCCUCCAUCACCACCGUCAAAGACAUCCGACCGUAGCUCCCACUCGCCACCAAAACCACUGUUGCCGCAGACAAGCAACGGUGGCUCGAAUUCGUCAAGUUACGAUCGUCCGAACAUGGGUGUUGUUAUAGGACUUGUGGCUGCAGCUGGACUUUUGUUACUUGUCAUGAUAUUGUUCUGUGUCUGUUGUUUGCGGAAGAAGAAGAAAAAGAAGAAAUCAAAGCUUGAUCAGAUGCCUUAUUACGGAAGCAAUGCGUUCGCUGCAGGUAAAAAUGGGGGUGAUCAAUACUUCAACAGUGUUGCCACACAACAACAACAAUACAACCAAAAUGAUAACGCUGCCAGUCUUCCUCCACCUCCUGGGACAAUGGGAACAAACUGGGUGAAUUCACCCCCGCCACCACCUCCAGGAAACUGGCAGCCAAUGCCUUCACCACCAGCACCAGUUUCAGGAGGCGCAAAUGCAAUCCAUAGCAAUGAGAUGAGCUUAAAUUACUCAUCAGGUCCAUAUGCCCCAUCUCUACCACCGCCACACCCUUUAGUGGCUUUGGGAUUCAACAAAAGCACAUUCACUUAUGAGGAGCUCGCAGCUGCGACUCAAGGUUUCUCUAAAGACCGUCUGUUAGGACAAGGUGGGUUUGGAUAUGUUCACAAAGGAAUCUUGCCAAAUGGUAAAGAGAUUGCGGUGAAGAGCCUGAAAGCGGGAAGCGGACAAGGAGACAGAGAGUUCCAGGCAGAGGUUGACAUCAUCAGCCGUGUACAUCAUCGACAUCUCGUGUCUCUUGUCGGGUAUUGCAGUACUUCAGGAGGACAGAGGAUGCUGGUCUAUGAGUUUCUUCCUAAUGACACUCUUGAGUUCCAUCUUCAUGGGAAAACUGGAACUGUGAUGGAUUGGCCUACUAGACUCAAGAUUGCCUUAGGAUCAGCUAAAGGACUUGCAUAUUUACAUGAGGAUUGUCAUCCUAAAAUCAUCCAUAGAGACAUAAAAGCUUCAAACAUUCUGCUUGAUCUUAACUUUGAAGCCAAGGUUGCAGAUUUUGGGUUGGCAAAGCUCUCUCAAGACAACAACACACAUGUGUCGACUCGAGUCAUGGGGACAUUCGGAUACUUAGCCCCUGAAUAUGCAGCAAGUGGAAAGUUAACAGAUAAAUCAGAUAUUUUCUCUUUUGGAGUUAUGCUUCUUGAGCUCAUAACCGGACGUAGACCUGUUGAUCUAAGUGGUGACAUGGAAGAUAGUUUGGUCGAUUGGGCGAGACCAUUAUGCAUGAAUGCAGCUCAGGACGGAGAAUAUGGAGAACUGGUUGAUCCAUUUCUUGAGAAUCAAUACGAGCGUUUUGAGAUGGCACGCAUGGUGGCUUGUGCUGCUGCUGCCGUUAGGCACUCGGGUCGCCGCCGCCCAAAGAUGAGUCAGAUCGUUCGGAUAUUGGAGGGUGAUGCAUCUCUGGACGACUUAAACGAUGGUGUGAAGCCAGGGCAGGGCUCAUACAUGGGCUCAAGUGGAGGUGACGGGAGCUCAGACUAUGAGACGGGCACAUAUGGUGCUGAGAUGAAGAAAUUCCGGAAAGUGACACUGGACAGCCGCGAUUACGGGGCAAGUAGCGAGUACGGUGGCACCAGUGAGUACGGGCUCCACCCAUCCUCCUCGAGCAGCGAGGAGAUGAACAUUGGAGGAGGCUCCAACAAAACUAGUGCUAUUUCUACUCGCAGGGUUUAA